UGUUCUCUAUAUAUACACAUAUCCAGGGACAAUUCAAACCCAUCACGAACUAGGAAGAGAAUGGCAGCAGCAGGAGAUCACGAGGUGAAGUUGCUGGGGUUUUGGGCGAGCCCCUUCGUCAUGAGGGUGAGCAUCGCCCUAAACCUCAAGAGCGCAGGCUACGAGAGUUUGGAUGAGGUGCUGGGGACUAAGAGCGAGCUUCUCCUCAAGUCCAACCCAGUUUACAAGAUGAUCCCUGUCCUCAUCCACGAGGGCAAACCCAUUUGCGAGUCCAUGAUCAUAGUCGAGUACGUGGAUGAAGUCUGGGCCGGCAGGGGGCCUCCCAUUGUCCCCUCUGACCCAUAUGAUCGUGCCAUUGCUCGCUUCUGGGCCGCCUACAUCGAUGACAAGCUUCCUUCUGCGGUCCGGACCAUAAUAGGAAUGCUUAAAGGGAACAAGGCAGAAGCAGUGGAACAAAUAGCCGCCAUGCUCCCACUGCUGGAAGAUGCUUUCAAGAUAUGUGGCAAAGGAAAGGACUUCUUCGGAGGGGAUGCUAUCGGCUACUUGGACAUUGCACUUGGGAGCUGGUUGGGGUGGAUCAGGGCUGUGGAGAGGAUAGUUGGUGUCAAGCUGCUGGAGGAGAAAAAGACUCCUCUUUUGGUGGGAUGGUCUGAGCGUUUCUGUGUGGAUGGUGCUGUGAUGAACGUGAUGCCAAAGGCUGAUGAUUUGGUCGAAUUCAGCAAAGUGUAUGUGUGACGCUGCCCCUAUCUGUUGGAUAAAAUUUUUAUGGCCGGAUUACCUAUGGAAGAAAUUAUGAUCGGACCGUCAUCGUCUGCCAUAUCUCCAAAGCAUGCGUUAAAAUAGGAAUGAAUAAAUCCUAGGCAUAUUUGAACAGUUUUGAUAAGCAUCACAUAAUCUUUAAGAAUUUAUCCAUUUCUAUUUUUUUAGUAUUUUAACACACGCAUUUCAGAAUGUGGCAGACGAUGACGGUCCAAUCAUAAUUUUUUUUAUGAUCGAUCCGACCAUGAAAAUUUUAUCUCUAUCUGUUUGUCCCUUUUCGAGUAUGAGUCUUACUAUUGGAUCAAUAAAUUGAAUUGGCAUGUCCCAGA